AUAUCGAAAGAGAAGGCAUGCGGAUACUGAUACUUGUCAGCUUUUCCAUUGUUUUUGGUCUCGCCACGUCGACGGCUGUUGGUGUCAAGAAGAGCAACUGUAAGAGAGCAAAGGCGUUCGCUGUCGGAACGAAAAGUGCGAAUGGAAUCGACGCAGUAGAUUUCGAAGAUCGAACUCUCCGAAAACCGGUUCAAAAAGUGUAUUUCUGGCCGAGCCUAACCGAUUUCGAGAAGAAUGUUCUCCGAGACGCAUUCGCUCAAAUCGGGCGACGUACCUGCGUGAAAUUCGAAGAACAAGCCUACAAACCAUGGUAUCAUGCCGAUCGAUGGGAUGCAAAUUCCCCACAUGUUUUGAUUCGAAAAUCAGGGAAAUUUGCUGCAUAUUCGGAUGCAGUUGUUGAGGGAUUAGUGGAUAGAACGAUUCUUUAUGUUGCACAAUCCUCAUUUGUUACUAGUAAUUUUAAUAAUUCGAGGGGUUUGGUUAUGGAUCAGUUGGUCAGAUUUAUGGGAUUGCAGAGGGAGUUGUAUCGACCUGAUGCGGUGUCUUAUGUUCAGGCUAUCGGAGGCGGAAUUCCAAACCUCGGAACUCCGGACUACAACCCAAUCCAACUAACCUGGCCAUUCGACCCGGAGAGCAUUACAGUACCCCUUUGGGCUCGUGAAAAGUUCCGGCUCACUCCCUACUGCCCAGCAAGAAACGACGCAGAUAUCGGAGCCGGUCAACGUGUCGGGCUGCUUACCAAAUGGGAUACUGUAAAGCUGAAUAGUAUGUAUUGUCCCGAGAAGAUCGUAGACGCCGAUCCAUCACGUGGACCAUGUGUUGUUCCGAGAGCUAAGGAUUUGGAUAGUUUCAAGAAGAGGCUUUGGGCUUAUAAGAGGCUUCUAGCAAAGAAUACAAAGAAGGCGAGAAAAGCGAAAGUGGUGAAGAAGCACAAGACGGUGUAAUAUGGUGAUAAUGAUGAUCUCCUUGGCAUAAUGUGUGUAAAUAUUGAAUUUUGAGAAAUUUGUUAAUUAAUCGGGGUUUAAAUUGUGUUUAGUUUGAGCUUCCGACAUCUUCCGGGCUCCGCCACUUGCUAUACUUUUGAAGCGGCCCGCGGAACCCAGAUGAUGUCGGGUGCUUGAGUUCUCUCUAGCUGCAUCUCGUGGGAGAGAAAUGACGUCAUACAUAAUUCUUAGGCCACCAAUGACGGCACACAUCCUCCACCAGUUUUCUUGAACUCCGACUAGACACAAAUCAACCCAAAUUUUAAUAUUAUAUGUACGUUUAAUUGCUUUCAAUCUUUCUUCAUAAUAAUAAAACCUUUAUAACU